UGCAAAAGUGCCAUGCCGCGCGCGCGGCGGACGACGUACGUACGAUCGACCACCCCAUCCACUUUUGACAAGCACAUGAGUUAAGUAGGGCGUAAUCCAGGCCUUCACUAUUCCAUGGAGGUAGAAUUAGACUAUUCCAACAUGCAACUGUGAAAUAGUUAUUCAUUUGUCUUGGAGAAAUCCCAAUGCAACACAUGGCAUCCAAUCGAGAUGACAAAGGAGAGCUCUCCUUCUCUGAGUGGUGUGAUAGGAAGUUCACCAACAUGUACAGCCAUGAUGAGUUUGCUUCUCCAUGCCACAAAUCCAUCGGACAGACUCCCAUCAAAGCACGACUUCAGAUGACCCCAGCUAAACAAGAUGGAAGAAAUGCAGAUACCGGUACUCUUGGGCAUAAGGGGCACAGGAGAGUAACGCAGCCCCCAUUUUUUAGCUGCUCUGAUGGCAAGAAGACCAGACCUCGAGACGAGGCUCACUUGCGAGCAACGCAAUCAACCAACCCUGAAAGAUGGCCUAGAAUCUCUCCCAAAGUGUCGCAAAAGGAUGUGAAGCCUCCGUCUGCCCGAUGCUGUGACAAGAUGAAAAGUCUCUCGGUCAGUGACGAGGCAGGCGGGAGCGCACUUGUACAUGAUGAUACACAGCCUGAGACAAACAAGAUCUCACCAAGGAAUCCAGUUAAGAAGAUUGAAAAGAUCAAAUGCACAGUCUCUGAAGACGUUCUUGAUGAGAUGGGGGCAAACGAGAAAAAAGCCCGCAGAGUGUCUGUUGACAGUGGGAGCUCUGGCCAGGAGAGUCACGCCUCCAAGCGAACCUUCAGUGAACUGUCCCCAGGUAGGAAACACACCAGAAGCAGAAAGGGAAAGAAGAGGUUGAGAGGAUCAGGAAUCUGUCCAAAGAAAACAGAGGAGGUGCAACAACAGGCUGUUUGUAGUCCUGAUGUCACAUCACAUGAUUGGGACAAUUCCAAAAUGAGCAGUGGCAGUGACGUGACUAGAGUGAUGACAGUUGAGGACAUCAGUAACAAGAAGGCUAGUAUCCAGACACAAGAAACUCUCUGCACUGCCACUAAGGAGAGAUCUAGGACUAAGCCAGGAAAGAACAAAACGGUUGAAAGUGUUUCAAUGCAGCCUACUGGCAAAGAUAGCUCAGGAAAAGUAAAGUUUCAGAUCAAGAGCAAAACAGUGUUCAGUAAAAGCAUGUAUGUUGAUUCGUCAAGAAAAUGUGGAGAUGUAAGCACAUCGACUGGACAGAAACUACAUGUAGUGGUAGCAGGGUCAAAAAUAUCAAGAAAAGAUUCUACAGUCGCAAAAGUGGAAGAAACACAAUGGAAGGGAGACAGCAUAUUGACAAGUACAUGUAUGCAUUCAUCAAGUUCAAGAAGCCGAGUUGAAGCUGUUACAGGAAAGAAACAAAAUGCCAAUGAGGAAGGACAAAGAUCUGAGUAUGCCAAAGAGAAGCCUACCGAGGAUAACACAGUUGCAAAAGUGAAGUACCGUAAGGACAGUAAAAAGUCAAGAAGUGGCAAGUGUCCAGAAGAGGUGCGAGUUCCAUCAGGUGAAUAUGAUGUUGAGUCUUCAGUGGACAGUGAGGGUACCAAAUAUGAGACUCAGUUUGCCAAAGCAUGGGAGGCAGCUUUUGAUGAUGGUCCUCAGAUAUCUAGUAGAGGUGAAAAGGUCGCCAAAGAAGAUUGCACUUCAAAAUCAGGACCAGCCCAACCUUCUUGUGAAAAGUUAUCAAAGAGUAGCAGUAGUACAGGAAAAUCAGUGGAUAAAGCAAAGGUACACAUCGCUGAGCAGAGAAGCAAGAGUGAGGAGUGUGUAAGCAACACCAAGGAAAUCCAUGUAAAAUGCAAAAUGGAAAAACACAAGCUUAGUCCACCUACUGCAACAAGCCGUCAUGGUGGCCUAGUGGCAGAAAAGAGCUCAGUGAAUUCCAUCCCAAGAGCAAAAGGUGCCGGCACCAAAGAAGUCCAGGAUGGCAAGAAGGUUACAAAAGACAAAAGAGCUGAUUGCCGAUCUCCAUCACCAAAAGACAAGUCAUCUGUCGGGGCCAGUUUCUUCACCAAAUGUGUGCUUGAUUCUGUUCUAAAACCACUGUCCUUGCCUAGAUCAGCAGCAAAGGUACGGCCCAAAUCAGCAGAGUCAGCCAAGACCACCAGGCGCACUGACCGAACAGGGCAUGUGCAGAGGAAGCCGUCACGGCCGACAAGUAAGGUACGACUGGAGCACAUCUACCAGGCCUUUGAUAAUGCAGUAAGCAUUGGUUCUGAGGAAGAAGUGGAGGCAGAACCUUUAAUUGGCAAGAAAUUGGAAACCAAACCUGGAAGUCAACUGAGUAAAGAAUCUCAGCCAGAAACCUUUGGCAUUCCGGACCACAGGCAGUCUCAAAAGUUCCACCAUAUAUCUCAACAUCAGACAGAAAACCAGAUAAAGCCGCAACCAGAAUCUCUGAAUCGGUAUUCUAAUAAAGAAGCUGAGGAUGAAACCAUGGAAUGCUGCACUAACUCUCAACCAUUAACCGGGUUCAAAGUCGAUUCCAGGUCUGCAAAUCUGGAGGAAUCUGUACAAGCUGCAAGCUGUACAUCACAGUUUAUUCCAAGGAGUGUAUCAAGGAAUCGAGAAAAAGUAUCUCUUGCUGAGGGCAAAAGUAAAGUGUCAUCUACACCAGCUAUUGAUGAGAAGAGUUCUGAAGAGGUUGCUGGAGUUUGUGUCGAUGAGAAGACCAUGGCCAAGACUGAUUACAUUGUCGAUUGGCUGGAUAAGCAGGAUCAACCUCGGACAGAAUCCAGCAAGGUCACCGGAAGGCAGGACCUGGAACCUGGCGAGGUACCGGAUGACUCCUCCUCAUCUGAUGAAGCCUGGGAACAGCUUGUGGACAGCAUCAUGAAGGGAAACAAUGAAGAAAUCUUCAGUAGCCCUUACUGCAAGCGGGUGUCACAGCAGAAACGGCACGCCUCUGGCAUCAGGUCUGUUGCCCCAUUUAGAUCUAGCUCUUUUCCUGUAGAGCUAGAAUUCAAGCCGAGAAUUUCUACAAGUCAGAAGAACGUGGCAACUGUGUCGCCCUACUACGUCCAUCCUCCUGCUCCUCAGCCCAUGAAAUCCUCAGCGUGCACCUGGUCUGGACCAAUGCCAGACUUCCUGGAUGAAAACAACUCUUUGAACCCUUCCGCACGACCAUUUCAUCCAUUCAAUUCAACCCAGAAACCUUCAGAUGUCACCCAUUCCAUGAACACCAUGGGUAGCUUCUCUGCGUUGCAAGGGAAGCGAGAAAAUACCAAGACAACACCAGCCAGGGUUCUUGAAAGAGCCCCUGGGGAUUAUCCAGGCAACAGAGACUCUAGUCCAACAAUCAUGCACGGCGAUGCUCUCCCGGCCUCUAGUAAUGCCCAAAAAAUCCAACCUGUAUUUAACGUCCCACCACGAUUUCUCCGUCUUGCUCAGCUCCAAUCUUGCAAAGGUCAGCCAGUAAACGUGCACGUAAGCUCUCGUCUGCCUUCCAGUCCAGAGUGUGUCUACUCUAAAGGAAUCUGUCGAGAGAACUUGGUGUCCACAUCAAGGACUCCAUCAUUGAUACCGCAGUCAUCAACCUCAAGCCUGUCAGUGAUGACUUCCAAAGCAUCGUCAAGAUCCUGGACAUUGGGCUCGCUUGGCUGGUCUUCCUCACUUACCCGGACCCCCGGCACCAUCACUCCAACUAGGUUCACUCCCUGGACCAAUGAGGUCUCCACUCCAAGUCCCUGGAAGACGUGCCACGCUCCCAAAGAUACGUCAGUGGAGCUCUGUCCCAUAGUCGAUUAUCCUGUCUGCUCGGUCCCCUACAUAGACACCCACUGCCACAUUGACUUCCUGUUCCAGCGCUCGGAGUUCCAUGGCACUUUUGAGAAGUUCUCAAGGAUUCAUAACUUCCCUCCAAACUACGCGGGCUGUCUUGCGGUGUUCUGCACACCAGAGGGGUUUGAGCAGGGAGCACUGUGGAAGGAUCUUGUGAUGGAGAAGAACAUCUGGAUGGCUUUUGGAUGCCAUCCUCAUCAUGCAAAGAGCUACGAUGGCAUAGUGGAGGAGAAUAUCAUCAGACGCAUGAGACAUCCGAAGGCCAUAGCAUUAGGAGAGAUAGGCUUAGACUAUUCCAACCGUUGCACGUCCGACAGACCCUUGCAGAUCGAGGUGUUUCGGAGGCAGUUGAGGAUUGCCCUGCAGAUGGGCAAGCCACUAGUGAUCCAUAGCCGGGACGCGGAACACGACACACUCAGCAUCAUGAAAGAAAUUGUGCCGAGAAACUACAAGAUCCAUCGACACUGCUUCACUGGCUCCCCGCAAGAGGCUAGGAACUUCUUCCAAGCCUUUCCGAAUUCCUUUAUUGGCUUGACGGCACUGGUCACCUUCCCCUCAGCGUUCCCAGUUCAUCGCACGGCUACGGAAAUCCCGCUCGGCAAAAUCCUACUGGAGACGGAUGCUCCGUACUUUCUCCCAAAGCAGUGUCCUCGCGUCAUGCGCUGGGCCAACCCCAGCAUGGCUGUGUUUGUAGCGGUCCGCAUCGCUCAGCUGAGAGGCAUUCCCUUAGAUGAGGUUCUCUACGCCGUCCGUAGGAACACCACAGAGAUGUAUGGUAUCUAGGAAAAAAAACCACAUCAGGUGCAGGAAGCGUUGUGCUAGUGAAGAUAGAUUAGGCUUGGGCAACUCCUUAAUUUUUGGAAUCGAUUCCAAUUCCAUUCAGGAGUCAAGAUUCCAUCCGGAAUUAAUACCAAAUUUACCCAUCAACAAAAGCCGUGCGAAAAAACCUCUGUACAUGACUAAUGAGCUACAUGUAUAUUGUUGAAUCACUAACGCAAAUUAGUCAUUUAGAGGGGUAAUCCUCUUAAAAUAUGCAAAUCUUUCGUUUCAAAUUGCCUGGAAUCUCUUUGGUGGACUGGAACUGUUACUACUGGCAAUCGAUUCAUCAAAAAAGUGGAGUCUCAAUUUUCAUUUUAUUCUAGAGUUGCCAAAGUGUAAGGAGUCAUCUUAUUACAGGGGUGUGAAAUCUCAGCUUUAAAGCUGAUUUCAGCAUUUUUUGUUUUGGAUUUUUGCUUUUUUUCCCCUCACUUGCUGUGUACAAAAUAUUAGGAGAUUUCCAAAGUUCAGCUUUUUUACACCUUUUUUGGCUGUUUUCAGCUAUUUUUAUCAGUGGUCACUCACACCCCUGUUACUAUUCCGGAAAGAUUGCUGUGGUAAAGUUACUGGCACUGUUGAAAAUGAUAACUUUGUUCAGGGAAGUUUCCUAGGAAGUUGUUCAGAAUUCUUCAACAAUUCCCAAUACAAUUUUGCCAUGCUGAUAAAUGUUACACAACUUAUUCCAAAUACUUUUUGAGUUGCCUCAAAUGUAGCCAGAAUGACACCAGUACGCAUAGUGAUGGCACACGACUAACUGAUGAAGCCAAUUCCAAAUUCAUUUGGAAAAUAUGUUUGUUGCCUUUUCUUACUUUAUUACCUAAUGGUUAAAAAGGGGCCUCCGAUUGCCCAAGUACUUAAUUUUCACAGUUGAAAUGACAGCAAAUCAGUAACUCUGUAAUUACUACGAUGAUAUCACCAUUAAAGCCAGAGUCCAUCAUUUGCAGCUAUCCAAAAAAUAACUGUAUUUAUUGUUGAAAAACAUACUUGGUUGAAAGAUAGUAAGGGGACUAUGCUCCCUGUGAAAUUAUUCUUUCUGACAA